AUGACUUCUGGCAAAGAGCAGGAAGCCAUCAGGAAGCUGAUGGUUUUCUUGCAGGAAUGGGACAGUGCCCACAAAGUCGCUCGAAGUCACAUCCUCAACAACUUCAUUAGAAGCAAUGAUGGCAAGACAGAACCAGAGCUGGAGCUGGAGUUCUCCCAGGGAGCCAGCUUGUUUCUGGCUCGCCUAACAGCAUGGCUCAGGAUGACCUACAUGUACAGCACGUGCCUCAACAAGCUGCUCAAGUCCAUUGGCAUCUUCCUGUCUGCUGCGAGUGGACGCAGAUACAUUAUUGAAUUUCUGGAGAUCGGAGGUGUCUUGAUUCUCCUGGAAAUACUAGGGCUGAACCACCUGAACGAGGAGGACAAAAGGGAGUCUGUGAAGCUGCUGCAGCUCGUCGCAAACGCUGGCAGGAAGUACAAGGAGCUCAUUUGUGAAAGCUACGGGGUGCGAUCCCUCGCCAACUUCUUGGCCACUUCCAGCUCAGCAGAGGCUCAAGAAGAUGUGCAGGUUCUGCUGGACUCUUUGGGUCGCGGCAAUCCCAAGUACCAGAAGCAAGUCUACAAAGGCCUUAUCGCUGUGCUGCCCUGCGCCUCCCCCCGAGCCCAGCAGCUGGCUCUGCGGACACUCGUGGUCAUGCAGGACGUGGUGGGAGAGGCGCCCUCCAUACUGGUGGAGCCCCUGCUGAGCUUGCUGUGCUCGGUGCACCUGGAGGUCCAGUACGAAGCCAUCCAGCUGCUGAAGGCCCUCAUGGCCCGCCAGGUGCGGCCGGCCCUGCUGAAGGGCCUGGUUGCCUUCCUGACGCCGCCCAAGGAGAAAGCGCUUACCUUCGGCGACCAGACGGCCAAAGACCAAACCACGCUGUCCCCGAGGGAGCCCGUGCUGGUGGAUAUUCAGCAGGCAGCUGCUGCAAAAGCCAUUGGCGUAUUGGCCAAGGAGUCAGCAGACGUGGCUGAAGAGCUGAUCCAGCUGAAAGCAGUACAUGGCCUGAUGGUUGCUGUGGGGAACCUGGACCAUGCAGCCAGCCAGAGACACGCCAGCAUCUCCCUGGAGUAUUUUGUCCACACGUUUCCCUUGGUGGAAGAGAGUGUAAAGGCGGCACUAGGACCCACGCUGUUCCAGCGCUUUAUGGACAGUCCAGAGACCUGGUACACGAAAAUGGAUCCAGUCCAGGCUGAAGAACUGGCCUCCAACAUAGUAGACAAGCCCAGAGACAUGUCAAGGAUGCAGUCCACAGAAGGUGAGCAGGAAUGACUGUCUGCCAGGAGAAAAAUUAUUAAAAAAAAAAGCAACUUCAGUCCAGAACCAAAUCUGGUAAUCUGUCAAGAUUCACAACAUUCCUGAGUGCUUAUGACAAGAAUUACCAUACAUCCUUCAGAGAGUAGAAUGUUUUCCAGAAAGGAACCACGCAGCCUUUUGUGAACUAAAUGGAGGAAAGCUACCAAACCUGAAAUGUGCAAGUGUCAUCUUGUUAAGAUAUGACAAAAGUCAGUCUCCUUUUCAUUUAUCACCUCACCAGAGAGGUGUAGAGUCAUGUAAAGCAGAGACUCACUGCUCUGUCAGGGCUUUCAAGUACUUCCAGGUACCCCAGGAAAACCUGGGGCUCAGUCCCUGCAAAUCUACCUUGCCUGCAAGGUAUCCAAGGUCAACCACAGGGCACUCAAAACACACAAUCCCACCAACUACUUUGAGGCAUUUGAGAUCUCCAGGUCCUUCAGAUUUUGUCCAAAGUCCCCAAGGUGCCAUACCCUAUUAGUUCAUAUCAAGGUCCACCAAGAACACCAAAUGUUUUGUGUCAUCUGUAGGGCCGUGUCAGGGGCACAAUCUUAGCACACUGUUUACAAAUAGGACCCAAAGUUUUACAAAAAAGUAAAGGGCAUGGAUGUGAACAUUCAGGACAAGGUAAACUCCCUAGAAAACUCCCUAAAAAAACAGGGCAGUCCAAAGUCUAGCAUGAGAGGAGACUCCUCCUCCAAGGAAAGGAGACAUUAGUCACAGUUUAACACGAUAUAUGUCUCACACAGAGAACUCCCGGGUUAGUUUCAUAGACAGCUCUAAGAUAAUUUGCUACUAACAAACAACUUCCAAACUGCUAUUACAGGCAGUGACAACAAAAACUUUUGGCCAGAAUAAAAGCAGCCAAGACUCCUGCAAGAAGAGUAGAACGCUCAAGUCAGAAAGGCCAUUACCUGUCAGCGUA